AUGAAGGGUCUAGCUGUGCUGUUACCAACCCUACAGGGCCAGGCGGAUACGUAUACCUGGGUUAUCGGCUGGAUGAUUGUCAUCAUGGAAGUUACUGCUGAUCUUACAGGUCCAAUUGCAUCUCCUCUUGAAAGACGCUUUGGCAUCCGGGCAUGUCUCAUGGUGAGUGGGGUCAUGAUCACAGUGGCUUUCAUCGUUAGUGCCGCGUCGUCUUCAGUUCUGGUUAUGGCUGUUGUGCUGGCAGCGUUGGCAGGACCUGGAAUCGGACUGUCGCAUGUUUUAUCAAGAGAGCUAAUUGGCCGUUGUUUCCAAUCAGGGGGUACCUCUACAGCUUUCUCUAUCUCCCAGACCGGGACCCCUGCUGCUUACAUUGCAAUUCCAUGGCUGUCACAGUUGUUCUUGGAUACCUACGGCUAUCGAGGCACAUUGCUACUCCUGGGUGCCAUCUUCUUUCAUUUGACAGCAUGCGGUGCCCUGUUACGUUUCCCCUCUGACAACGAUGCGACAGUCACAAAGGAGGGUAGAGACUAUAUUUCCUUAGUGAGUGGUGCUGAGGAAGGAACUCAAAGCAGUACGGACUCGAACGCGUCUAGACGAAGCAGUGACCAAGAAAAUCGAGCUAAGACAUCAGCUUUACGAUCCUUUUGGCAAAAUUUGCACACCGAGCUCUUCUACGAUGUGACAUACUGGCUUUUGGCGAUCAUUUACAUCAUAAUUCAGUUUGUAUAUACUGCCUGGUUGGUAUAUUAUGUUCCUCACACUCAGGCCAAGGGGUUUUCGCUGAGUGAUGUCACUAUCUUUACCGCCAUCUCCGGGCUGACGAGGAUACUCACAGGUCUCAGUCUCGGACCUCUGUUGGAUAAGAUCAAGAUUAUUGGCAAUAAAGGCUUCAUGGGAAUCACUUUGAUAUUACUAGCUCUGUAUUACCUCAUCGACCCGUGGCUGACGUCCUUCUGGUCGACAGCUGUCAAUCAAGGCGUGUAUGGAUUUGCCAUUGGUUUGGCAUGGCUGCUGGCAGAUGUCUUGUUAUGUGAAGCCAUCGCUGUGGAUCGGUUGGGUAGCGCCUUUGGUUGGAUCUCAAUGAAGUCUGGCAUUCUGCGUUUUUCGCUGCUGUAUCUGCCAGGUUUGAUCUACGACCUAACAAGGAGCUACACCUUGACUUUCAUGCUAUUGGGAGGCGCUCACCUCAUUGGUUUCGCUGUUUUGCUUCUUCUUGUUUGGUUGCAACGAAGAAAACAAUAAACCAAGUCGUGUCGAGAAAUGUUCUGAUGAGGGCAGAAACAUACCAGGCAUGCAGCUUGAACUGUCUGUUUAUAAUUUUGCAAAGCGCACAUUGCUGGCCAGCGAAUCGCAUUUUAAAUUUAGUUCAAGAGAGUUGGAAGACUCAUUUAAACUCAGUUAAGUACGUUUAAAACUCUCCUGUAUUCAUUUUACACGUCGAAAGCACAUUGCACUAUUUAGGGGAGUCAGGUUGGCGUAGCGGUACUUUCCUUGCCUUCCAUCGAUGUGAUACAAGCUAUGCUUUUAAGGUUUUGCCACCUCUAGUGGCCUUUAGGCCUAUACAUGUAUUUUGUUUCAAUACUAAUAUCAUUUUU